ACUGACCUGACCUCCUCGUCUCUGUCCCUCUCUCUGAUGGUCGUCUUCUCGCGACACCUCGAUCCCCGAAUCCCCAAUCCGACAUGUAAAAAAAUCCCCAAUCCGAACCCAAACCCAGAUCUACCAAAAAUCCCCAACUCCAAUCGACCCUCCUCCGUCGCGAUCACCCCUCCCAAUCCGACCCCAAUUCUACCCGAUGCGAUUAGCAGCGGCGGCGUAGCGAACCGGCGCGUUCGCUAGGGUUAGGGUUUCGAGGGUUUGCGCUAGGGUUUGGGUUCGCGAUGGGGCGGUCCCGCGGGGUGCCGAAUUCCGGCGACGACGACACCGGCCACAGGUCGAAGCGGAGGAGGGUAUCGUCGAGCGGGGAUGCGACGGACACCAUUUCCGCGGCCAUGGGAGGAGCAGGCGAGGGAGGGGGCAAGAAGGCGCUGUACCACUGCAACUACUGUAAUAAGGACAUUUCCGGGAAGAUACGUAUCAAAUGCUCCAAGUGCCCUGACUUCGACCUCUGCGUCGAGUGCUUCUCCGUCGGCGCUGAAGUCACCCCACACCGGAGCAACCAUUCUUACAGGGUCAUGGACAACCUGUCCUUCCCACUUAUUUGCCCGGAUUGGAAUGCAGAUGAAGAAAUCCUCCUUCUUGAGGGAAUUGAAAUGUAUGGUCUGGGAAACUGGCUUGAAGUUGCAGAGCAUGUUGGUACCAAGUCGAAGCAACAGUGCAUUGAUCAUUACACAACAGCAUACAUGAACUCACCUUGUUAUCCCCUCCCUGAUAUGUCGCAUGUUAAUGGCAAGAACAGGAAGGAACUUCUUGCUAUGGCUAAAGUACAGGGUGAGAGUAAAAAAGGGACUUCGCUGUUACCUGGCGAACUGACUCCUAAGGCUGAAUCUCCAUUUUCUCCCUCCAGGGUCAAGUUGGAAGAAGCACUUGGUGAUGGUCCUGCAGGUCGAUCUCCUUCGCACAUGGCUGGUGGUGCAAAUAAAAAAGCUUCAAAUGCUGGACAGAAUAAAGAUGGUGCUAACAUAUCAAAAGUUGAAGAUGGUCAUGUUGAUAGAAGUGUUGGUGUGAAGAAGCCCAGAUAUUCUGCAGAUGAAGGCCCUUCUUUGACUGAACUGAGUGGAUACAAUUCAAAGAGACAUGAGUUUGACCCAGAGUAUGAUAAUGACGCUGAACAAGCGCUUGCUGAGAUGGAAUUUAAAGAAACUGACUCGGAAACUGAUCGUGAACUGAAACUCCGUGUGCUGCGUAUUUACUUGUCCAGGCUUGAUGAAAGGAAAAGGAGAAAAGAGUUCAUAUUGGAAAGAAAUUUGUUAUUCCCUAAUCCCUUGGAGAAAGAUCUUACAAAUGAAGACAAGGAAGUUUACCAUCGCUAUAAGGUAUUCAUGCGUUUUCUUUCCAAGGAGGAACAUGAAGCCCUUGUUAGGAGUGUCAUAGAAGAGCGAAAAAUUCGGAGGAGAAUUCAAGAGCUUCAGGAAUGUCGUUCCGCUGGAUGCCGUACACUAGCUGAAGCAAAGAUACACAUAGAGCAAAAGAGGAAAAAGGAAUACGAGCUAAAUGCCCAAAAAGCUAAGGAAAGUGGCCAACUUAUUCCAAAUAACAAAUCAGUACAAAAGAUGAAUCGACCUGUAAAAAUUGAGUCUGAUGGGAAUUUGGAUCCAAAGAAAGGUGGUGCUGGCUUAGAUUCUCCUAAAACCACAGGACUUACAAGUGUGAAGCAGUGGGAUGACUGGGAUAUAGUUGGUCUUCCUGGGGCAGAGUUAUUAAGUGCUAGCGAAAAGCUUCUAUGUUGUCAGAACCGAUUGCUGCCCAGUCAUUAUCUGAGAAUGCAGGAGGUGCUGAUGCAGGAGAUAUUCAAGGGUAGUGUACACAAGAAAGAAGAUGCUCAUGUCUUAUUUAAGGUUGAUCCUACCAAAGUAGAUACUGUUUAUGAUAUGGUAACAAAAAAGCUGGGCAACCAUGAGGAGGCUCCGACUGUCUAGCUAUGCUUGACUUGCCAAAAAAACCAAAUAUUGGUUUCUCCUCCGAACCAUAGCUGAAGGUGGAGGCUGUAGUAAAAUUGAGUCGACCAUAGUUAAAACCUGAAAUUUGUGUCAUUGUCUGAAGCACAAUAAGGCAUUCCGGCCAAAUUGUAAAAUUAUCGAGCCAACGAGAAUGUGUAGCAUGAGUUGCCAUUGCAGUUCUUUCCUCGAGGAUAGUCGCCAUUGUUGAGAGUUUACUGUUGCAGAUGUGCUAGUGCCUUGUUGUAGGUAUAGGGCCUGAGUUUAUGUAUCAUCGUGUAUGUAACAUUGUCGCCCUAUUUUUAUGCCAUUGUAUCAAUAUCAGACAUUGAUUAUUAAAAUUCCAUCUUGCAGCCAAAA